AUGGAGGAAGACUUCCCUCGAUCAAAGGUGACGAAUUUCGUCCUUAAUUUCGGAAAAAAGGAUCGGAAACAAAUAAAAAAGCAGAAAGCACUUGGAGAACCAACAGUUGUUGAGAGCACAAAUGAUAAGCCGCCUUCAGAUGCCCUAGACAAGUUUUCGUACAGGACUCCUAGACUAGAGACCAUAACUGUUGGCUCUUUGGUUCUAGGAAGUGUUGCUUUAGUCACAAGUACCGGUAUUAGAGUCCAUACUCUGAAUAAUAUUGUCGGUUUUGUCAAGAAUGCAGAUAUGGUUGAGGAUCCAGCGGUUAAAACCGCAUCAGUGCCAUUUAGUAUUGGAUCAAAUGUAGUUUGUUACGUCCUUGAAGUAAAAAAUGGGCAGUUGGUACUAAGCAUGAAACCCUCGUUGAUCAAUAGAUACCUCAGUUUUGGAAAUUUGGCUCCGGGUGUUCUACUUCCAUCGACUGUAAUUUCCCACCAGGAUCAUGGUGUGAUGGUUUCAUUCAAUGUAGAAGAUAAAAAUGGUUUGGAAGGGUUUGUAAUGUAUGAUGAACGGGAGGAUGGUGAAGAAGCCAGAGAAUCGGUUGUUUCUGAGUUAGUAAAGCGCUAUCCCGUCUCGUCAACAGCAUACGUUGUUGUUACUUCAGUGAAUGAAGAAAGAAAAAUCGUAAAGUGCAAAUGGCCCUGGUUGCAUAAAUCACCUGUUUCUAUCAACAAUCCACUUUCUUUUGAUGCAGUAAAACCAGGUCUUUUGCUCCAUGGCGAGGUUAGCAAAGUGCAUGAAAAGUCUCUGGACUAUGGCUUAUCACUUCCCACGGGGUAUACCAUAAGCUGUUUGGGCUCAUUAAGCGCAUACAUUCCGGCCUCUGAUUCUCUUGAAAGUUUUAAAGAUUCUGACGAAGCAUCUGAUUCUCAUGAACCAUCAAUGCAUGACAAGGUUACAGCUAGAGUUACCUAUAUAGAUAGUGCUGAAAAGCGCAUCCAUGUCUCAUUACUAUCGCAUUUAAUAAAGUGGAAGGGACCCAGUGGCCAUGCGCGCAAGGCUAAAGGGCUGUCAAACACUUGUAAAGUCGUAAAAAACAUACCAAAUUAUGGAUUGGUUUUGUUGAUAAAUAACGAGUCUGGAGAGGGCGCAGAAGUUGGAUUUGCUGGAAUUAACGAUGUUAUAGACAAGAGCAGAGAUAUGAAGAUUGCUUCUGUCCUCUCUGGAAAAACGUAUGCAGUUGGAACAGUUCAUUCUUGUAGAAUAUUACAGUAUAGUUGUUUUAGUAGAUGGAACAUUGUUUCAUUAAAGGAGUCGUUGCUCAACGAGCAAUAUGUUGACCCACUUGAACUAAGUGGAGGUGAUGUAGUUGAUGGUAAAAUAACAAAAGUUUUAAACAAUGGAGUAAUCGUGGAGAUUUCCACUAGGGUACAUGGUAGUGUUCCGAUUUCCCACCUUACUCAGGUGCCGCUAACUCAAAUUCCAGAUCGGUUUCACGUUGGAAAGACUUUGAAACUUAGGGUGCUAAGGUUUGACUACCAAAGGAACAAGUUGAUUUUGACCGCAAAGGAGAUUUUGACAAAUGAUCCAAACCCACUCGUUAAAUUUGAGAAUGUUUACGUUGGGAGAGAGUUGAUUGGGUACGUAUCAAGCACCAAUUCCAAGGUUACCCUCAGAUUUUAUAACAACUUGUACACAGUGCUUGAUAGCGGCGAAAUUGACACAGCAAAACAACAUUCUAUUGACCUUAGCGAGGGUUGUGUCGUAAAGUCGGUCGUUAAAAAGGUCGACCAUGCUAGACGCAAGUUCUUUGUAACUCUAAAUGUGAUUAGAAUGAAUCAACUUUCUUCCACAGUGGCAAAGAAAAGAAAGGAGAAGAAGAUGGCACGUAAGGAGAUUUGUAAGAAGAAGUUUACAAACUACAAAAGUUCCAAAAAGAACAAGAAGAGUGCUAAGCCCUCCGAAUGA